AUUACUAUUUAGCCAAUGACAGCUUCUAUUGAAAGAGACAUUUUAAAUAUAUACACCAACCACAUGAACCGAAUGUUUUUUUUUCCUAGGCUAAAUGCUUUCAGAAAGGUUAAACAUCUUUAUGUCCCGUGGAAUUACAUUCAAAAUGUCUGAAAUUUAACCCCAUCCUGCUUGUUCUAAAAAGUGCAUAUCUGUGUACGUAUAUUUAUUUUCUUAUAAGCAGCCAUUAAUAAUCUGUGACAGUUCGGGGUAGAAAUUAUUUUUAAAUUGCACGUUAUAGGAGGAUUAUUUCAACAUUAAUGUAUGUUAACCCUGCUAAAAUGGCAAGUUGUCAUCCCUGUGUUAUACCCAGAGUAAAGGGAGAUUUUGUAAAAAAUAGUACGAUUUUGCAAGCUUUCGCUUGUUUUAAGGACGCCGAUUUAUAAAGUUGCUCGUAAAAAUCCUUAUUUUUAACCAAAGUUGUUUGUGAAACUCGCUACAUGUCUAUUAAAGAAAGAAAGUUAAAAAUAUAUGGAUUUAACACGGAGUUCCAUAGAGGUACGAAGCGGAUUAGCUUUUUUCUUUAUACUUGAUAGAGUUGGGGUUUUGGGCCCGUAAACGUUCACUUUGUAAACACGCUAGUUCAUACUCUAACACUUCCAGCAUGUCUCACCUCACUUAUAAUCGUGUUGCAGUUAGAUAUUGUGUGUAUUUCCGCGUUCAGCAGCAGCUUUCGCUUUUUGGCACUUGAACUUCACUGGAGCCCUCCAUUAACAUCUGGUGUGCAGGAAUAAGCAAACCCCGCUCCCAGCGCAUUAAAGGUUGACCAUGACGCUGCAGUCACUGUGUCUCUAGCUUUGCACCAAAUCACUGAGGUAUUUGAACCCGAGGAACGACCUGUCUCUCAGGUGUGACGUUUGUUCAACACCACUUUACGUCCAGUCGUUUAUUACUUGUGCGAUAGGUGACAUGUGGCCAUGUGAGCACGAAGUGAUGCAUUCAGGUCAGUCAGAAUUUUUUAUUUUAUCAUUUUUUAUACGUUUUUUUUACUAGGAAAGGUAAACAGACAAAUGAUCAAAUAGUCAACAUAAUUAUGUACGGUAGCUUUAACAUUUUGUGGUCAUAUUUUUUACUUCAGUUCAUUAGUGGCUCUUCCUUGAACCAUUUCUCUAUUAAAGGGAUAGUUGGAAGGCAAACGCUAUGAAGUUAUUAUCAGUAAUAAUUCCUUUGUCUGUAUUGGAAAGGUGUAAUGUCACGGGCGUUUGUAGAAAAGCCGUUGGAGUCUAACAGGUAGCCAGACAACCUGAGUUUGGUAAUCUAAAAUUAUUCAAACUGAAAAUGCUCAUAUCAUUGACAUACAGUGUUAUACUAUAAAUAUAUUCACAGUCUACACUUUCAUUGCUUCCAUAUCACUAUAUGGUUACGUUAGUGGGGGCGAGGGGAGUGGAGAAGUUGGAGAGGGUGGGUGUUUAUGUCACUCUGCUUGAUUGGCUGAUCAUGAGCCUGCAGGAAGAAUAUCCAAACAGCCAUAAGAUGUGGUCUUCUAUUAUAUUGGAGAACUGACAGUCUGUUGCUAAAUCCAGAAGUCGACUGCCCUCAAGAUGGAUUUAGCGCUCCAACUGUGGCCAUGUGAGCACCAUGUGAGGUGUACCUCUCGGGGAGCUCAGCUGCUCCUCAGCUCAGCUCACACUCAGCCCUCAACCCUUCCUCUGGUUCCCAGAUGUCUGAGGAGGCUCUGAGGAUGUCAUCCUGGCCUUGAAGCCCACCAGUAUGUCAGAGCCUGCAGAGAAAUGCUCCCCCCGCUGGAAGGAUGAGUCUGUUCAAAACGGUUACAUACCGAGCUACCUGGACAAGGAUGAGCUGUGUGUAGUGUGCGGGGACAAAGCCACAGGUUACCACUACCGCUGCAUCACAUGCGAAGGCUGCAAGGGGUUCUUCAGGAGAACCAUUCAGAAGAACCUGAACCCGACCUACGCCUGCAAGUACGAGGGAAAGUGUGUCAUCGACAAGGUGACGAGGAACCAAUGCCAAGAAUGUCGCUUCAAGAAAUGCAUAGCGGUAGGAAUGGCAACAGACUUGGUUCUGGACGACAGCAAGAGGCUGGCCAAGCGGAAGCUGAUCGAGGAGAACCGGGAACGCCGGCGGAGGGAGGAGCUGCAGAAGACGGCGUGGGACCGACUGGAGCCCACCCAGGAGGAGUGGGAGCUCAUUCGCCUGGUGACGGAGGCCCACAUGUCCACCAACGCUCAGGGCAGCCACUGGAAGCAGAAGAGGAAAUUCCUGGUCGAGGAAGCAAUGCUUCUUAAUGAAAUAACAUGUAAUUUAUUCUAUACUUCUGACCAGAGUGCAGCAGGGGUGAAGGACACUAAGCCUGAGGAUUGUGGUCAAGCCUCCAUGGUCAAUGCAGCUGAGGAAAAUAAAGUGGAUAUUGAAGCCUUCAGUCAGUUUACAAAAAUUAUCACCCCUGCCAUAACCCGAGUGGUGGACUUUGCCAAAAAACUGCCAAUGUUCUGUGAGCUGCCUUGUGAAGACCAGAUCAUCCUGCUAAAAGGUUGCUGCAUGGAGAUCAUGUCGCUGCGAGCAGCCGUACGCUACGACCCAGACAGCGAAACCCUCACGCUAAAUGGGGAAAUGGCAGUAACUCGAGGUCAACUGAAAAACGGGGGACUGGGAGUGGUGUCGGAUGCCAUCUUUGAUCUGGGCGUGUCGUUGGCCUCCUUCAACCUGGACGACUCUGAAGUGGCUCUCCUGCAGGCCGUAAUCCUUCUGUCAUCCGAUCGUCCAGGCCUGACCAGCGUGGAACGAAUCGAGCGCUGCCAAGAAGAGUUCCUGCUGGCCUUCGAACAUUACAUCAACUACCGCAAGCACAAGGUGGCGCAUUUCUGGCCCAAGCUGCUGAUGAAGGUGACGGACCUGCGCAUGAUCGGCGCCUGCCACGCCAGCCGCUUCCUCCACAUGAAAGUGGAGUGCCCCACCGAGCUGUUCCCUCCGCUCUUCCUGGAGGUCUUCGAGGACUGACCAACGGACGGCAGUGUAUGAGUGUGUUUGGACUGUGUGUACAUGCGUUGUCCAAAGCCUGGGCGCCCUGGUGGUCUCGGGGGCGGUACCAGCCGGAGGCCCGUAUCCCUGAACUCUCUGAUAGCACUACUGAGUGUCACUUCAUUCCAUAGUUUAGGACUAGCUCCCUGGUCUAGUUUUGGAUGAAACCAUUCCUCACAUUGCGGGUACAUGUGAAUAGCCUUUUUUUUUUUUGGUUUGUCGUUAUUUUUGUGCAUAUAACCUCUCACCUCCAAUUUGACUCUAGUUUUUUUUUCUUUCUUGACAAUUGUACAGUUGGCAUAAUGGUGAUUUUAUUAACACCUGUUUGAACGUUAGAAACUAAAGAGAUAUUGUCUUUUUUUUAUUUUUUUCUUCAUGCUCUUCAGAAUCUCAGUGAAAGUUGACCUGAUGCAGAAAAUCAGGGAAGCUCUGAUGGGUCUCCCUUUGGUUUCUGAAUCACACUGUCUCUUGACUCACUCCAAAACCCAGCUGCUCAUAUCAAAUGAAACUGCGUCCAGAAGCUCUCAGAAAAAUCAGAAUUUUGGAAGCAGGCAGCCGCUGCGUCGCUGAGAAUGAGCUGCACAACCCCCACCGUUCUGCUGCACACUGCUAGGGAGCUGACUGAAAAAAAGCCUGCUGCAUUUUUCUCUCUUUCACCAGAAAAACAGAUGAAACACGAUAAAGUAGCUGGUAAACAUGCAUGAAGUCUGUCAAUCAGCUCCUGCUGUUAUUCUAUAAUAAGCAGAACCAAAUGUUCUGUUCUGCACAAUUAGCAAUUUGUAUAUUUCUUAUUUAAAGUCACAGUCUAAAUAAAAACAAACAACAUCGUCGUAAUAUACCAGAUUACGUUUGAAGCAGUUGGAAAUAUUUUUGCUACAAUGUUUUAAAAGAAAAUAGUUUUUUGCUUGUCUUAAGAGCCUGAAAUGUUUCUCUGGUCGAUCUCAGAUGAGGCUCCAUGCAGUGAGAAAAGCUAAACAAUGUACAACAUCAUUUAGAACGGAAUGUGUGAAGCAUGAGUUGUUUGUUCAUUCUGGUUAGAUUUUUGCAGAGCUAUAUUUUUGUAACACAAAUACUCUAACUAGACGCUUAAAACACUUUGUGACAAUCUGUAACAGCUGGGAAAACAAAUCAAACUAAGGUGCUAGCUCUCUAUUUCAGGGAAGAUACCGAGUACUCAUAACUUUUUAGCAGAUCCCCACAGUAAAAAAUGCGAAAUUUGAAUUGUUACAUUUUUUUGCAAAAAUUUUAAUCGCCUCUGAAGUCAGAUUAAACUGAAACAAGCUGAUCGAAUGGGAGAUUCAGACUGAGCUGACAGCUGAGGGAACGCAGCAGCAGAUGCAGCAGUAGAUGCAGCAGCAGAUGCAGCAGUAGAUGCAGCAGUAGAUGCAGCAGUAGAUGCAGCAGCAGAUGCAGCAGUAGAUGCAGCAGUAGAUGCAGCAGUAGAUGCAGCAGUAGAUGCAGCAGCAGAUGCAGCAGUAGAUGCAGCAGUAGAUGCAGCAGCAGAUGCAGCAGCAGAUGCAGCAGUAGAUGCAGCAGUAGAUGCAGCAGCAGAUGCAGCAGUAGAUGCAGCAGUAGAUGCAGCAGUAGAUGCAGCAGUAGAUGCAGCAGUAGAUGCAGCAGCAGAUGCAGCAGUAGAUGCAGCAGUAGAUGCAGCAGUAGAUGCAGCAGUAGAUGGAGUGUUAAACUGCUCCUCAUCCCCACAGACUGGUCAGGAAUAACAAACAACCUCACUGCUGACCAGAACCACAAUCACUGCUCAUCAUAGGGAAUCUGAUUGUGCCAAAAUAAAAUGCGUCACCCCUAAACCCGUAUCCCCCCACAUACACACACACACACACAUUGAAAUUAUUUCUUAGAUAUUAAGAUGGUGAAUAUUAUCAUAUUUAAUAUCUUGUAAAAUGUGACGGGGACAGAGAGUGAGUCAUGUUUCAGUGAAGAUCUCAUCCAUGGUGAUCGGCUCUCUCAUCCAAUCAUGUCAGUAUUGUUUUCUUUUCAUUUCCAGCUCUCUGUAAUCACAACACUGUCAGCUGAAGCAGUGAUGUCAUGGUGCUAUAAUGGUGAAAUGAACAGAGUUUUUAUUUCCAUGUCUGAAUCGCAGUUUGGUAUGCAGUGACACACAUGUACUCUAUAAUGCAAACAUAAUGUCAUAUACAGCACACCUGACACCUCCACCAAUCAGCCAUAACAUUAUGAUUGUGUUAGCACGCUGUUCCUUCCAAAACAGCUGCGCCCCGUUAACAGGUUCGCCAUCAGUGGCUCAUGGUUUUGCUCUAGAUUAUCUCUAACAUCAUCAAAUGUUCAGUUGGACUGAAACCGGGCCAGAACCUCCAAGAGGGAAAGGAAAAUACUGCAAAAAUACAAAAUAUUACCAAGUAGUUUUGUCUUGUUUUUAGUGCAAAUAUCUCUAAAGUACACUUGAAGUAAGUCAAAACUAACUUAAAAGUAACAUUUUAGCAAGGUAAAGGACUUUCUUACAUAUAGAUUUUAAAAGUUAUAGUUCCACUGGCAGAUUUUCCUCACAACUAACCAAUGUUUGUUUGUUUAUUUAUUUGGAUCCCUUCAGCCAUUGCCAUAACGAGGGCUACUCUUCCUGGGGUCCACAAUAAAUCAAUCAAUCGCAUAAAAAAUUAAAAUGAGCUUGAUCAUUUCCAUAUUUUUGGAAGGUCAGUUUUGUUUACAUGCACAUAGUAAUCCAUUUUUCUCGUGGUUUGGCUGUCUGUGGUUUCCAUUUCUGUUUUAUUCAUUGUUUUUGGUUGGUUAUUUUACAUAUUUAAAAUAUCUUUCAGUUCCAGUAUUAAGUGUUCUUUAUGAAAUUAAAGUUUAUUGGUCUUUAAUGCUGUCAUGCCAUUAUCAAAACAUGACUGAAAAAUGGUCUCAUAAAACUGGGACAAUUUAUCAGUCAGCAAAAUCAUCAUGAUAAAGGCUUUAUGUCUCCAGAUCAUCUGCCCUCAUAGCGCCAACCCAGACAUUUUCCUGAUUUAAGUGAAAAAAUCCACUUGUAGAACUUACACUUUUACAAAUAAUAACUCAAAACAAGCUGCUAUGACUUGCAGAAAAAUCACUUGAAAGUUAUUUUUGUUUAAUUUCAAGUGUGCCAUAAUAUCAGAACUGGAUUCUAAAGCAAAUACUUUGUAUUAUUUUGUAUUUUUUUCAGUGUUGUCCAGUUUAUUAUUAUUAUUAUUAUUAUUAUUAUUAUUAUUAUUAUUAUUAUUAUUAUUAUUAUGAAGGUCUGCACUCAACCAUGACAGUUAGAGGUACAUGUGGAAGCGCCAGGUUCUGGUCCAGUUUAGCAGCACUCAGACCCAGCCGCCCAUGUAAUGUAAAACCAGAUCUAGUUCAUCAGACUGGGGAGAACAGUGUUCUCCCCAUUCUGUUGACUGAGCAGAGUGAUCUGAGCGCAGACAGCGCCGGGCCCAGCGAACAGCACCGCACAGAGUUCUGACACCUUUCCAAGUGAAUCAGCACUUUGAGUUGCAGCUGAGGAACAGGCUGGGUUUCUGCUAAGGAAGAGAUGAAAAAGGCAAAGGAGGGAGACUUUAUGUGGUCCAACGUUUAAAUUCUGAAUCUCCGGGGUGAUGGAGGAAGCGAAUCCUUAAAUAUGCAGCAAUAUGUUAGAGUUUAAAAUUGUUUGCAUUAUGAGUCAAAAACAACCUCAGUCCGAUCAGGAUUCCCUUAUGAGAUAUCUGGGAAUCACUUUGGGUGCAGAAAGGUUUUCAGUAAAAAUCUCUGGAUAAACAUGGCAAGGUGGGACUGAACAGGACGUCGAUGGUUCACUCCCUCAAGUCAGUGGUCGUAAUGUUAUGGCUGAUUGAAUGACAUGCUCAGAAAAUGCAGGUCAGAGUUGCCACUCUGCAAGCUGGUGGGAUCUGAAGGCUGAAUGAAUGUUAACGUGUCCAAAACAAACCUGAUAUCAUCAGCUGGCUGUCAUCCAGCGAAGAGACUGGUGAGAUUAUGAAAAAAAACAAAAAAAAACAUCUCACUUUCAUGUCAUUGUUUUAGUCGGCAUGUUGUGUUUUUUGUUGAUGUUCAGAGAUUAUCAGGAUUUUAUUCUGGUGGAAAGAGUUUCAUUCAUCUGUCUGGCUUUCACCAAGCUUCCCUCUCCACCUGAAAACAGCUUGUGAUUUUAUUUUGUACUUCUUCUCUCAUUUCUGUGAAGUGAUGCCUUCUUAUCAAAGCAAUAGACUUGCUACAGUGUUAGAAAGACCUGGACCUCACACCAACACACACACACACACCUUGCGAACUGUACAGGUUGAAACAAAAUGCACAGACAAUCAGACGGAGGAGGACGCAAAGGUGCCCAAACUCAGGUAGCCCAACCUGAAAUGCAGGGUUUGGCCAUGCUGAGCCACAGGGGUUUGGGGAAGCAGCACUGACCACCUUUACGUGCACACCCGCCUACUGUCACUAAUAAGAAACUUUAUUUCAAACUCCACAUAAUGACUUUGUACGUAGAGGGUCCAUCUGUAGUCUGACCUGUUGAUACAAACAGAUUCUACGUCGUAUGACCCUCUUCAACCAAAAACGUCCAGGAAGUAAACUCAGGGAACUAAACAACCCCCAGGUCUCCCCUCAUUUUUAUUAUUUCUGAGCCCCUUUUUAUAUUUAUUUAAUAGAUUGUUAAAGUUCACUAAAGAAGACAGACAACUCUAACAUGUUCUACUGAUGAUCCAACAUGGAUUCAGAAUUGUCUUAUGAAAGAGAAUAAGCAUGAUUUCAGGAAAAAAUACACAUUACACUGUCUGGUUAUGAUGCAAAACCAAUGGAUGUAGCAUUUAGUGUUAAAUAUUGUUAGCAAUAUAAGUCCAUAAUACAUUUCCCUUCAUUUUAAGAGUUCAAACACAAAAGGAACAUGUUUUAAAAUAUAUAUAUAUUUACAAAUAAAAAAUAUAACACUAAACCAUAAGAAGAGCUAAUAAUUAAAUCAACUGCAGUUUUCACUAUGUCUGUUCGUAUUCAAUACGGCCGGUGAGCGGCCAUAUUGGAUACAAAACCGGUCUGUCCAGUGAGCUUUCUCUUUCCCUGUCAUUGGAGGCAGAAGGGAAUGGUGUGUAAAUGAGUAACCAUAGAAACCAGGAGUUUGUGUUUUUUCAAAUUACAAAAGUUUAUGAGACUCAAAGCAUUUUGAAACUUCUUGGGAUGUUAGCUGUUAGCUUCCUCUGUGUCUUCCAGUCUGGUCCUAUCUAGUUACUGUAUCAAUCUAAUGGGAACCAAAUACACACUUUUUAUCAGUCAACGUUAAUUAAUAUAUAAAUUAAUCAGAGAUCUGUUCUUUGUCAUGUUAACACAUGUUAAACAUGUCAGGUGGACAGUAUUAUCACUGUAAUGCAUAAACAUUGUGUUUUAAAAAGUUUCUUCCUGGGUUAAAGCAAAGUAGCAGCAGCCAUGAUGCUAUGAUAUAAUGCUAAUAGUUAUCAUUAGCAUUAACAUCUGAGUAUUGAAUAUUACUCAGUUUGACACUCAGGAGCUUCGAGGUGUGUGUUAGCACAAUGCAAAUGAAAAACACACCUGAAGUAGCAACUGAUGCCAUGGAUCAAAACGUGUUCGUAAAUGUUUAGAAAGCAAUUUCCAAACUAUGUCAUCAUUGUAAAGAAACACGGAAUUAUCACAACUUGAUGUUAAAGUUGAAUCCAUUGCAACAGAUUCCACUGCAAGCAUUCUGGCAGAACCUCCUCAGGAUCUGCUUUGUUCUGUUGGACGAAUCAGAAACUAAGUCUUUAGGCCGCAGUCAGCAUGUUCUCUGUCAAAGUAUGACAUGUUUGGAAUAGUUCUUUGCAGAAAGUCUUUUCUGAGACAUGCAGACAUGCAUAAUGAAGUUACUAAGGCCUUGUGAAAGUUCAGACCUCUACCAAAGUCAAAAGUGUAAUGACCACAUCUGAAUUUAGCUGUGAAAAAACAAGAAUGCCUUCAGUUGUCAAUAUUCCAUCUAUCAACAGUCAGGUUUGACGUGACGGUGUCACCUCACGUCACCAAAUAUGUUGAGAGCAACAGAAGGCUGCUGGAUCAGUCCUGACUAAACACUAAGGAUGUGUGUAAUUCGUGUGUUCCCAGCCUGGUUUGGGCAUUUCCAGACUCCUGAGUCAAACUCAGUGUGGUUGAGGUUCAAAUCAAACAUGAACGUCACAAGAUUUUUUUUAAACUGGAUUUUUUUUUUUUUUUUUAACACUUCUGCAGACUUUUGUCUUAAAGCAGAAGCCCUACUGGACGACCUCAAUUUAUUUAAAAACUGUUUCUUGAGUGUUUAACUCUGUGGGAAGACCUCAUAUUGCUCGCCGUAUUUAGCUUGGUUAGUGGUUUCUGAAACCAAAGCUGGAAAACACUUUGGAUAAUUUCCAGUUGGGAUUCCGAGAUAAAUGACUCGAGGAUGCUUUGAGUCAUUCCAACACUGAGUCUGUUUUUAUUCAGAUCUCAAACUUUUUAUUUCAGUAAAUCAUAGUAAAACAGAUUUUAACAGUUCAGUUAAAACCAUAAUGAGUUUCCUCUCUCUUUUCUUUUUUUUUGUCUUUUUUAAAAUGUCUAUUGAGAAUUAUCAAAGGUUCCAUAAACAACAAAAUAGUUCAACUGAUUGUCUCCAAAUGUUACACUCUUGCUCUGCUGUUUUGUCCCUGUCAGGAGGACGGAAGCAGCUGAAAGUCCAACUUUCUGUUUCCAAAUGAAUCUCUAGGAAAGGCAGAACAACCAAACCUGACGAUUUCCUCCAGACACAAACUCAGUUCUGGUUUUAGAACCUGAGCCCGUUUUCCUUUGCUACAUGUUCUCAUUGUCGGUGCACAUAAAUGUCGUCAGUGCUGACGAAACCGGUGCCUGUUCACUGUUCUCUCUCCCCACUUGUUCUUCUUAAGGUUACUCAGUCACAAACCAAUCACAAGACUUGCACCAUAGAAAAGCUUUUUUUUACAGUACAGUUGAAAUAGGAUGUAUAUUUUCAGACUGCAGAUUUUUUUUAACGUUAGCAUAAGAUGAACAUGGUAUUGUUUUUGCGUAGUAUUGGCAAAGUGAUUGCUCUCGUGCUGACCCAACAUCACGGCAGAGGAACUGAGCAAAGCAGCUAAAAUCAUAAAAUGUUAGUGCAGCAUUAGUUGUUUGGUAACAUCCAUAUUACAGGACUGCAGCUGGACUUCACUGUCAGUACAAAAUGCAGCAACUACACUUGCCCACAAUUGUAGGAGAACCUCUGGAUCCUGUUAGCUCAGACGUCCCUCCUUUGUUCCUUGUAUGACCCGUUCUACACUGACUGGAAGAGAAAGGCAGUGAUGGUGCGAAUGAAUUGGUUUUACUGGAACCGUCCUCUGGUAAUCAGCUUCCCAGCGGUCGUACAUGGAUACAGAGGACCUGGGGAAGGUUUUGAAAUGCACACAAUGAAUGAUGGUUGCAAGUAAUGUGAACUGGCUCUUGAGAAUAAACAUGGUUUUAAGA